UGACACAAGCCCCGCCUGCUGCAGCGCAGCAACCUGGACACACUCAGCAUGUCGUGUUCAAACAAGCCAGCUUUCUGUUAACUCAGAUAGGGAAGGGUGGUGAAGGGCAGAAAGCUGGCGACUAACAUUCAUGUGUCAAAACAUCUCUGCAGCCAUUUUCUUUCCUGAAGCCUUAAAGGAACUGAGGGGCAGGCAGCUUGUGGUGUGAGUCAGUGUCAUCUUACAUCCUGCAAUCAGUCCCCGGAGUGGUGGAGACGCGGCAGCAGACUGUGGGGGCAGCAACAUUGAAUGGACAGAAUAUGGGGUCAGACGAGGCCUACAACUUUGUCUUUAAGGUGGUUCUAAUAGGAGAAUCUGGUGUAGGGAAGAGCAACCUGCUGUCUCGCUUCACCAAAAACGAGUUCAACCAUGACAGUCGCACAACCAUCGGGGUGGAGUUCAGCACGCGGACAGUGCAGCUCAACAGCUUCACCAUCAAGGCCCAGAUCUGGGACACGGCCGGGCUGGAGCGAUACCGGGCCAUCACUUCUGCGUAUUACAGAGGCGCCGUUGGAGCCCUGCUGGUCUACGACAUCACCAAACACCUUACCUAUGAGAGUGUGGAGCGCUGGCUGAAGGAGCUGUACGAACACGCUAAACCCAACAUCGUGGUCAUGCUGGUGGGCAACAAGACUGACCUGGAGUCAGAGAGAUCUGUGCCAACCGAGGAGGCUCGAGACUUUGCAGAAAAGAAAGGUCUUUUGUUUCUGGAGACCUCUGCUUUGGCAUCAACUAACGUAGAGGCAGCAUUCAACAACGUCCUAGAAGAGAUUCACAAGCGGGUGGGCAGUACUGAAGGGGUUCGGAGCUCCAUCAGUGCCGUGUCCUUGAGCAGCUCCAGAGGAGAAAACACAGAGGAACAGAAGCCGUGCUGCAGGAACCUCUGAUCACGAGGUCCUCGAGAAUCCCAGGGUCCUCAGAGUGGUCGACGGGCGAACUCCUCCUUCACCCACAACCCUGUGCUAGAGCUCGACGACAGGCGGGCGACUCGCCACCUGCAGGUGUCAAUAUAAACGGUCCAGGCUUAAGUGAUGUCACUGUGAAACGACUGAUUCACACGUUUUACAAACUGCGUGGUGGCAAGUGGUAUUCAAAAGAUGAUUAUGUGAAUGAAUGCAGCUGGAGACCAACAUCAAUCUAUCAACAGUACCUGCUGACUAUUGAGCAUAGGUCAAAAUCAGAAAAAUUAAUAAAACUGUGUUACCUGUUAGAUGAUAUAUUUAUAAUCCAUGCAAAGAAUUGGCACCAUGGCACGUUUAAUGUUGUAAAUGUAAAUGACACGAUGAUAAAGUUGGUAUGUAUGGACUGUGAGUCUUGCUCUCAAUGUUGUGUGUUGUGCUCCAGCUGAUCUAAGAUGAGUCAGAUUUCAUUUCUGUUGAGGAAUAAACAAUUUAUGGAGACAGUU